UUGCAAUCCUACCCACCUGUAAAACGCCAUAGGCACUGUUUGUCAUUCUAUGAUAAAACUUAAUUACUUUUCAACUCGGAGACGUUUGAGUCUGAGAAUUGCUUUGUUCGAGAGGAUAAAAAAACGAAUAUCGACAAUGGUUUGCGGAGGAUUUGUUUGCACGAAGAAUUCCCUAUGCGCUCUGAACAUACUUUAUGUUAUGGUGAGCUUGCUGCUGAUUGGAGUAGCUGCUUGGGGGAAAUGGUUUGGCCUGGUCUCCAGUUUUCGGGUGGUGGCUGGAAUCAUUGGUGUGGGCAUCUUCCUGUUAUUUGUGGCCUUCGUGGGCCUCUGUGGUGCCCUGAAGCACCACCAGGUCCUGCUGUUCUUUUACAUGAUUAUCCUGUUCCUGGUGUUCAUGGUUCAGCUGUCAGUGUCUGCUGCAUGUCUGGCUAUCAAUAAAGAGCAGCAGAAAGAACUCCUAGAGGUGGGCUGGAACAAGUCCGAGGCCACUCAGAAGGAUGUGGAGAAAAGUCUAAACUGCUGUGGCUUCUUCCAUCCGAACUAUAAUGGCACCUGUGACGCGGACUGUUUCUCCAACCCAUUAUCCUGCAACCCUUGUGGUCCAAUCAUCCAAAGUCAUGCUGAGGAGGUUUUACGCUUUGUGGGUGGGAUUGGAUGCUUCUUCAGCUUCACAGAGAUCCUGGGAGUGUGGCUAACGCACAGAUACAGAAAUCAGAAGGAUUCCCGUCCAAACUCUGGUGCAUUUCUAUAACUAGCUUGUUCAUAAACUCAACUUUGCACUGUCAUGCAAUUGUAUUUAGAUCCUGUGUGACUUUUAUCUUACGAUUAUUGUAUGUUUCCUAUUUGGAUAUUUUCAUUGCUGUAAUAGAACGAUGUGUUGAUAUAUCUAAUACUA